AUGGUGAAACGUUUUAACCAAACAUUGGAGAGAUAUUUGGCCAAAUUUGUGGAGAAUAGACAAAGGGAUAGAAAUAUCCAACCGCUCCUUCUAUCGUACCGCAGUGCAGUUCACAAAAGUACGACUGUGACGCCGGCGCUCGCAAACUUUUGGAGGGAAUUGAGGCUGCCUACGGACUUAAUCACUGGCACUCCACCUGACACUCCUUGUAGUGUGACAGAGUACGCAAAUGAUUUGCGCAGCAAGAUGAACGAAGUGCAUGAAUAUGUCAGACAGUCAGGCCAACAAGCCUCUUCGAGGAUGAAGACCCGCUACGACAGGAAAGCAAAUCAUCAGGGAUUCGCGGAUAGUUCCUUAAUGUUGGCUACACAACCCAGUUUGAAGCAAAGGGAAGUCUCCUAA